AUGUCCCGACUUGCAAACGAUCCCCCUUUUAUCAACCUACCGAUCCGCCCUUGUACUGGCCUACUGGCAGAUGAUGCGCUCGCCAAAUUUUUAUUGGAGCCUUUGGAGCCAUAUGACACAACCGAAGCAUAUAUCAAAGCAAAGGUCACUACACCCUCCGACCAUCGAAUCUGCCAGAAUUGGGGCAUCCUCAAUACUCUUUUAUACAAGAUGAUCGCCGGAGUAAUUGCCGACAACCACGUCCGCAAUGUGAACAUCUACCACUAUGGCAAAUUAAAUCCAGGAGCUCUAUUGGUUUUAACAGCCAGUCGGGUUAAACAGGGCUGGCUAGAGGCUCAUGUCUCUUCCGUGGAAGGUACUCUGCUUGCUACUGCAGUAGUGUUACAUAGUGACAAGUCUGCUGCAGUUUACGACAGAGUCUUGGGUUCGCCAAUAGUGUUCUCUAAACAAUUUCAGGACCCAAGUCAAGAGUUAGAGGCUACAACAAAGCGCAAUGAAAUGACUGGAUUUCGGAUUUGA